AUGAGCCUAAGCGUCGCGUCUCCCGCCCUGCUUGCUCGCGUCCCAGAGUUCCCUGAACCUUCCACCGGCCUGUCGCAAGAGGUCCCGGGGACUCCCGACCUCGACGACGCGACCCUUGUCCAGCACCACGACGCGGUCAAAGUCGGCGACCGUGUCCAGGCGAUGGGCGAUGGCGAGGACGCUGUGGUCCUUGAACUCCUCGCGGAUGAGGUCCUCGACCGUCUUCUCGGUGUGGAUGUCAACACUGGUCUUUCAUUAGCACACUGCCGUCUUCCGAGAGAGGACCACACGCCCGACGUCCUUUCUCAGGAUGGCCCUGGCAAGGAAGAAGAGUUGUCUCUGUCCAUGGCUCAAUGCCUCUUCGUAGAACUCGGCGUCCAGCCCGCCAUUCUCGCGGAUCGUCUCCCAGAGCCCGAGGUGCGCGAGGGUCGACUCUAUGACGGCGUCGUCUCCGGCGACGACGCCGACGGGGUCAAGGUUCUGUCGCACCGUGCCGGAGAGUACGAACUGCUACUGGGUGAUGGCGAUGAGGGCCGACCGCAGGGGCAGCAGCGGGAGGGAGUGCAGAGACGCCCCGUCGAUCGAAAUGGUGCCGGAGGACAGCGGCAAGAGACGGAGGAGGGCGAGGAGGAGGGAGGACUUUCCGCUUCCCGUGCGGCCCACGAUGCCGAUCUUCUCGCCGGGGCGGAUGGAGAGAGAGACCCCGUCCAAGGCCUUCGUCGCGGCGGCUUGUUCGCCGUCGCUCUGGCCCGCCACGUCAUACGAGGCGGAAACGUCACGGAGCUCUAUGGCACCACUGCCAGGCCAGCCGUUCACAUCCGUCUCCGCCACCGGGCCACGUCCCUCAGGGGUGGUCGUCAUCAGUGCCGACCUCCUCAGGGCAUCGUCCUCGACCUCGUCCGUGGUCUCCUCGGAGAAGUUCUUGAUGCGCGCGACGGCACCGAUGGAUGUUUCGAGAGAGGUCCAGAACUGGAUCAGCAUCUUGAGAGUCUCGGUGAAGGAGAUAAGCCGAACGAGACGCCCGUGAGGCCGACAGACACCGUGGCGCGCAGGCGGACUGCGAGGCCGACGACCAGGAUGGCGAGGGCGGUAGUCGUGAGAUCGAGGACGAGGGUCAGCCAUUGCUGGGUAAGCAGGAGGAUGUAG